UCAGAGAAAAAGAGAGUGAAAUUUAUCAACCUCCAAUGGAAGCCAAAAAAAUAGAGAUGGUACUAACCAUGGUUUUCAUAGCAGCUUUUUGGACCGGAACCAUGGCUCAGUCUAGUUGCACCAAUGUGCUCAUAAGCUUAUCUCCGUGCCUAAAUUAUAUAACUGGAAAUUCCUCGACCCCAUCUUCUGGAUGCUGCGCACAGCUAGCCAAUGUGCUCGGGUCACAGCCACAGUGUCUGUGUGAGGUCAUUAAUAACAGCUCGUCGCUUGGGAUUAGCAUAAAUCAGACUCUGGCUUUGUCUCUCCCCAAUGCUUGCAAUCUCCAGACUCCCCCUAUUAGCCGCUGUAAUGCUACUUCCCCCGCGGCAUCUCCCACUGGAACACCAGGAAAUGGAUCUAAGACCGUGCCAUCAACAUCGGAUGGAAACUCUAUCAAGUUGCCAGUUUCUCUACUGUUCUUCCUCAUCUUCAUUGCUUCAUACGCUCCUGACUUUCACAACCGUAUUGAAUUUUCCUUUUUUAACUUAGAUUUUAUUCCAAAGAUGUGAUCUUACAAACACAACAAUAAUACAGUCUUGUAUACUCUCUUUUUUCUCAUUA